AUGGCUGACCAUAUGCCGCAGUUCCGGUAUGAGCGUGACAGCCGCCGUCCUUGCUGCGGUUCUCCUGUGGCAGCAAGUGCAAGCAGCAACCGCUGGGGGCACUCUAAGCAAAAUACCUGGAUUGUGACCCACGACGAAGCACGUCUCAAGGAAGUGGUCAUCAGCCACAGUGCUACAACCUAUUUACCACCAUCAGUGCCCCCGCCGUCCAACGUGACCUUGCGAUGUGGCAAUUUUCGCAACACUGUUCAAUGGGUGUACAAGGAUUUAACUCCAGGCCUCAGAUUCAAGGUGGAGUAUGGCCAGAUUUUCGGCUCACCCAGUGUGCCAGGACCACUGUGGGUGGACCCACCUGACCUUCAAGCCGACGUGUCCUUCCUCUCCGAUCCCAUCAAUGAUUAUUAUGUGACGGUGGCUGCUGUGGUUGGAAACGACCAAUCGGACGCUUCACCCCCUGAUGGGCUCAUCUUCACCUACUCCCAGAACUCAGCUGCCUCAAUUAAAUGUACUCUGGACCUUCCACCCGUGAAAGUGACUGAACAGCCGGAUAGUAAGGUGGCUAUCGGCUUCCAGCAUCCCUGGCUGUUCUACAAAGAAAAGAUGCCAUCUAGUUUUAGGUCCCGGGUCGAACAAAUGAUGGAGGAGUGGCCUGUCUUCAAUUACAAUGUUGUCAAGCAGGGAAGUGACUAUCCCUUCCUGUGUGAAGAGGAAGUGUGCACGGGCGAGCUAUCGGUGAACAGCUCUGAGAAGACCCUGUGCCUGGAGAUAACGGGGAUCCUGGAGAAGAUAGAAGUCAGAGGGACUCAAGAGUACUGCGUAUCACUGACAUCGAGACACGACAACAGCACGACCAUCAUCGCCGUGGUCUCCGCCCUGGUUGUCUUUGCAGUGGCUGCCAUAGUCUUUAUAGUGAUCCGCAAAUUUAUCCAUCCUUCGAGCUUGACACCACCCACGAUCUUCCAGAGGAUUUCAAGUGGGAGUCAUGAGGAGUAUAUGCAGGCCGCUCCAGAAGAGGUGAUGGAUGUUGCAGUCAAGGUGGACUCCCCAGAAGCUCUGCUGACCGCUCAAGAGUUGCCUGCUGCAGAAGAGCCCUCCUCCUCCCACUUUAUUUGCCGACUGCCGAUCGGAUUGCAGGAUAAUCAUGUGGCGGUCGCUGAUGUCAGCGAAGAGGGAGGUCAGCGUGAUGAUGAUGAUGGUGAUGAUGAUGAUCUUCUUCAGGAGCAGCCGGAUAUCCCUUCAGCUUACUCACAGAAGAGAAACAUGGAUGCCAUCAUCAGCGGCUGCAAGAACGCGGCCGGUAGCUUGGACGAGUUGGAACCAGGCGAGUUGGUAGAAACGUACCGUGACGCGAGUGACUCGCCAAGGCUGUGAGAGCUUGUGGCGGCUGGAGCGGUCGCCGUAUUUACGAUCGUGCUUCAUCACCUUCUGGCCGAUGAGCUUCACCAUGCAACAUGGAGUGUCAAACACCAAACAACAGUUUGGCUGCUUGUCAUCACACCACUAAAAUGCUGAUUUACGCUGAAUUUCCUAUGUUUUCUUUUUCAAAACGACUUACUUUAAUAUAAUGUUCCAAUCAUUUGUUUGUUUGGUGGGCUGUGUGGACAGUAGGGGGCGUUCUGAAGCGCUGUAUUAAAACCUAACCUGUGGGUGGAAGUGACUUGGGGUGAAGUCAACCAGUGACAGACUCUGUACCUCAGCGUGUGCAAAACUUAUUUGAUGUUUCUAGCUCACAGAAAAGCGUGAUCCCAAAGACAGUGUGUAAUUGGGAACUGAACAAGUUGUGUUUGGCAGUAUGCGUUUUUGUUGCUCACCAGGACAUGCAUUCCAUGGAUCAAGCUCUUGUCAUGCUGUGGGUGGGUGAAUAGUUACAUGUUUAUUGCACCUGUUCCUCGAAAUGUGAAUGAAUUCCAUGAAACUUCAGUCAUGACGGUUGAUGCUGAGUCGACCCUUUGUGUAUAUGACUAACAGACUGAUGCUACUGGAUUCAGUUUUGUCCCGGCCUCUGUAUACUCUGGCCUUGACACGCACUCGACCACGACUCUGGACUUUUCGGCAGUGUUUUGGUGGAUGGGACAACAUCAGCGUAGGCAUGUUGGAGUCGAGAAGUAAAUCCUGCUGAAAUGAAACCAAAAAGAGACUUUAAAAAGGGAUAGAUGUAUAUCUUAUAGACGAGAGCAUUGUGUUUUUGCAUUUGUAUAAUCUUGUUCUUUUGUAGAGUAUCUAGAUCAAAAACAUUUUUAAGACUUUGGCUGAAAAAGACUGACUUGUCAUGUGGUAUUAUUCCAUCGGCCUGUUGCUUGCUGUGAUGCAGAGGGAUGUUUCACACUCAUGUGAGUGCGAAAGUUUGUUGCCAAAAGCUUGAAAUGCACCUUGAAAACCCAGUUAAGGAAUUUUAAAGCAAAUCCAAGAGCCAUUUUAAAGACCUGAGUGCUUUGUCCUUGCUCUCUGGCUCCCUCUGCUACUGCCCUGUUUUUAAACCCCAGCGUUAAAUGAGCAUCAUCUUAAGAUUCACCUUUUAAACGCUAAGAUUACGAAUCACUACUGUCGAUCUGUGGGAGUGUAGUAUUUUAAUGGGUGAUCGGACGGUACUCGGGUGCUUUUUAUUUGUUAGCGAGGAGAACUGCAAGGGCGCUUCAGCUAACACUACACUUAAGCACGGCGGCACCAUUGCACUAAUGGCUUGGUAUAUAGCGAAUUCAUUGGCUGUUUUUUAAAAUCGAUUCCUAAUGUUACGGUUUUAUUGUGACUGAAAAAGACCCAUUGUUUGUUUGUUUCAUUACAAAUGGUUUUCUUUCUUCAGAGGUCACUGUUGCGUCACAUUAGAGUGUCCUGAAGCUUUUGUUCAUGUCUUGUUUCAUGAACUUGCACUUAUGGUUCAACCAGCACCUUAGAUGGAGAUGGAAGCACUGAUGUAAAUAUCCUUUUGAAAGAAUCACCAAGUGACUUGCCUUUUUUAAGAUGAUCAACUCAUUUGUUUUGUGUUUGUUUUUUUUGUUUUUUUGGGGGGGGGUGAAAUAAAUUGGAAAGAGGCCUGAAAUCUGUCCUGGAACGGAAUUGUACCCCGUUACAUUUGAAACUCUCAGGUGUCCUCGGGCUUUGUCUGUCCUGCCUCGUGCUGACCAAUCGCUUUAUGUGUGAUUCUUCUUCAUCAUCAUUCGUAGCACGAUGAUCUCUUCUUGUAAGCUUUGAAAGUCCCAUGUGCAGUUGUCCAUUCAUGCCGUGAUCGAUCUGUUGCGGGAGUAUUAGCGCGGCUGGCUCGUCCGGUUCCUGCUAGUUUCUCUGGUCCAAACACGCCCAUGCCAUCGGAGGCCUCGGCUCGGCGUAACUCAUAGAUGUCAGUGUUGCAGCUUCAUCUAAAAAUCAGAGGCCACCAAACAUGGAUGGGACUUUCAAGUCUUAUUGUGCUUCCUGUUGUCAUGAAUGAAAACACGAAUAAAACGAUAUUUAC